CCAAACAUGGCGCCGGCCCGCAGCGCUGCUGCUUCCCCGAGAGACGACGCACAGAGAGGGAGAGACGGAGGAGGAGGAGGAGAAGAAGAAGGAGAAGUGGUCAACAACUCACCCUGAACGUGUUUUAAAAGAACAACAACUAUUUUUUUUAAAAAGAACCAAACUUCACACUCUAAGCUAUUUCCCGCGGAGACUUUACUUGCAGCAUUUUGGAGACGUUUACGCGCCAGGCUGUGCGCGCAACGGAGAGCCCACCUGUCCGACGAAGGUACACUUCACUCCCGUUACUUUGAGGAUGUGAACGUGCCUGAUUAACCGUGGAAUACCGGAGCGAGCAGACAGACGCGUAGCUCUGGGGGAAAAAAAACCAUGUGCAGAAACACAGAGGCUGCAGAGGACUGACUCUUUCCAGGGAGGGGGGGAGAAAACAACAACUUUUUGUUCCGCUCUUCCACACCGAGAGGAUGGAUGGAGAACAUUUUUCGCUGUCAGGAGUUGAGAGGGAAAGAGAGAGGCUUCCGCCAAUUUACAACAGCUCCGCUCCUGCUGGUUUUGGGCGUGGAGCGAAGCAGCCGUUUCCGUCUCUGGGCACCUUCAUUUCCACGCUGAGCCAGAGGAGGGACGCAGGGGGGCGGGGCUUAGCUGGCGGCAUGACGGGCGGCCUGAGCAGCACCCACUGGCUCCGACACGGGAGAGAACUGCCUCCGAUCUGCAGCGAUGUCCGUCAGAAGCAGCGGCUCUCCAUCGACACUCUUCCCCCAGAAGUCAAAGCUCCGUUCCCCUCCGACCCCGUCAUCCCGCUGCGCACCAAGACCACCAAGGAGUUUCAGGAGGACAUGGAGCGGGCCGUCCAAUCAGGUGACUGGAGGGAGGUGCGAGAGUUUUACCUGACCACCUUCGACUCGUUCAUAGAAAUCAACGCUGCCUUCAAGCGAGAGGCGAACGGAUCGUUCAACACCAUCGACGACUCGGGAGUCAACGCCAAGUUCGUCAACGCCGUUUACGAUGCUCUGCUCGGCACGCCUCAGGACAUCCAGAAGUCAGUGUUGAAAGGGAUCAUCAACAGCUUGCUGAGGGAGUGGAAAGGGCCUCGAACCAAAGACGACCUGCGAGCUUAUUUCAUUCUGGUUCAGAACCCCCAGUAUUCCAGCACCAGCACCUAUGUGAUCUACGCUCACCUGCUGAGGCAGAUCGCAGCUCUGUCUGAGGCCGACCACCACUUCCUGGUUCAUUGGCUAAAAAAGCUGACGGCGAGGCGUUUCAGGCAGCUGGUAGAGCGCCUCCUACAGUUCAUCUCCACUCGUCUGUUUCCUGCAGAACCAGACGAACUUCCUCCUCUGGCCAAGUGCUCCUGGUGGAUUCCCUCUGCUACUAAAGUUCUUAGCCUGUUCAAUGCAGCCAACAGUGUCUCCUCUACUCCCAUCAUGCCUUUCACCGACUUCUACAACAUCACUCUGGAGCACAUAGACUUCAUGGAGGAGUACAGGACCUGGCAGAACUACGGCAACUCCAAUAGGUUUUCCUUCUGUCAGUUCCCCUUCAUCCUUUCAACGGUGGUGAAGAAAGCCAUCAUCCAGAAAGACUCCGAGCAACAGAUGAUCAGUCAGGCCCGGCAAAGCCUGGUCAAUAAGGUUUCUCGCAGGCAGAGAGUGGAUAUGAACCUUCUGUUCCUCAACAUUAAAGUACGACGAGCACAACUCCUCAGCGACUCACUGGAUGAGUUGACAAGGAAGCGGUGCGACCUGAAGAAGAAGCUGCGGGUGACUUUUGUCGGGGAGGCGGGGCUGGACAUGGGCGGCCUGACCAAGGAGUGGUUCCUGCUGCUGGUCCGACAGAUCUUCCACACAGACUACGGCAUGUUCACCUACAUGAAGGACUCGCGCUGCCAUUGGUUCAGCAGUUGGAAGUGCGACAACUAUUCAGAGUUCCAGUUGGUCGGGACUCUGAUGGGCUUAGCCGUUUACAACAGCAUCGCUCUGGACAUCCACUUCCCCCUCUACUGUUACAGGAAGCUCCUCACUCCGCCCACUGCACCAUGCGACCAAAAUGGCCUUGUCGGCAUGGCAACCGCCACCCUGGACGACCUGCAGCAGAUCAUGCCGGAGCUGGCUCACGGUUUGCGAGAGCUGCUGAGCUACGAGGGAAACGUAGAGGAAGACUUCUACCUCACCUUCCAGGUGUUCCAGGAGGAAAUGGGCGUGGUCAAAUCCCACAACCUGAAGCCUGGAGGGGACAAAAUCCCCGUCACCAAGCAGAACAGAAAGGAGUACGUCCAGCUGUACGUCGACUUCCUGCUGAACAAAUCCAUUUAUAAACAGUUUGCUGCCUUCUACCACGGCUUCCACAGUGUGUGUGCCUCUGAUGCACUCAUGCUGCUGCGGCCGGAGGAGGUGGAGAUGUUGGUGUGCGGGAGUCCAGAGCUCGACAUGAGCGCUCUGCAGAAAGCUGCUCAGUAUGAAGGAUACAGCAAGACCGAGACCACUGUCCGGUGUUUCUGGGAAGUGGUGUUGGCCUUCCCUCUGGAGCUACAGAAGAAGCUGCUCCACUUCGCCACAGGAAGUGACCGCGUUCCCGUCGGAGGAAUGGCCGACCUCAACUUCAAAAUCUCCAAGAUCGACGUUCCAACUGACUGGUUGCCGAUCUCUCACACCUGUUUUAAUCAGAUCUGUCUCCCUAUGUACCGCACCAGGAAGGAGCUCAAACACAAACUCACCAUCGCCAUCUCCAACGCUGAGGGCUUCGGCCUGGAGUGACCAGCCUGCACACACACACACACACACACACACACACACACACACACACACACACUCUCUCUGUCACGACUGCCACAGCGCACAUUAUGCGGUCGUGGAUCAGACUGUGGAGGAAACGAGAUCUUCAAUAAGUGCUUUCUAAUGUCAAACAAUAUUAUCAUGGACUCUAAUGCAGUUUGUAUUGUUAUGUUGGGGUUGGACUCAUCAGUUUGUCGAUGUAGAACUUUUUUAAUUUGCAGCAGAUAAGAUGAGAGCUUCCCCCACGCAGCAGCUACAGAGGAAUAUUUUUAUUUGCACAUUGUCUGUGUUCGCUCUAUUACAAGACAACCCUGGUGAUGACCAUUAUAUUUUGGAUGUCACUUAUAAGAAGUUAACUUAUCAUGUCAUCCUUCGAGAAACUGUACUGCUCAAAUGAAUUUCAUAAAUUAAAUGUUUUAAUAUUUCUGGUCCCAUACCAUUGAAAUUAUACCAAUCAAUUUUCUCAGAAACCUAUCACCAAAAAACGUAAACUUAUAAUAGGUUGCUGCUUUGCUCAGGUAAUUAUUAUUGUCAAUAUGACUAUUUAUUAACCAGAUUGCCAGGUAUUCGCCAUGGAGGUACUAAAGACGUAAAUACAGCGUUAAUGGCAGAGCCCUGUUCAUUCCUAUGAGAGUUGUUCAGUGGCGCAUUUGCCAAAAAACAUUUCUAAGCUUCCGGGUUAACCUCCGUGAUAUGUGGCCCGCUGAAUAUGCACAGUAGUGUUUCGCCCGCUGGGCCCAGAAACUUUACAUGAAGUUUUUCCAAAUACGAAACUCCGUGGAUUAAAAAUUCACAAUAGAAAUAGUCCUAACUGACAUUGUUUGUAGUUCAAGGUAUCCUGGCAGUAGUUUUACAGAUGUCUCUUUUACAAUAGGGGCCUUUUUGGGCCACAGGGGGAUUUCUCGUUGCAAUAUCGUGAGUGGCCACUGAUCAAAAUUGGCGGAAAGGCUGUUACUGGGUGGCUGGUAUUCGCCCAUCAUUGACGUUAACUUUUGGACACGCUGUUUAAUGAGCCUCUAUUUAAUGGUGGAGAAUAAACUGAGAGCACGUCUGCAUUAAGCCGGUUAAAAUGAGUUGAACAGAAAAAUAGGCUUCAGUUCAAAUUUCAAAUCCUCAAAUUACAUUACACAAUAGUACAUCCUUGUGUGUGAGGUACAGAAAAACAGAGAGGGAAGUAUGAUGAUAAUAUUCAAAAAAUAAGAUAAAAGACAGAACGGUCUCAUUAAAAAUACGUAAAUUUAUUUCUGGAGGUCACUAAAGAAUGGAGAUGUAUGGUUUUAAUAUUGUGUUCAUUUUGACGUCACUGCUUUUGGUGACGUUUGAAAUCUAUUUUCAUGAAGGCAUAGGCAUGUUUUGUAUCAUUUAGCUUUGUUUGCGGCACACUGUCAGGAUGUAAAGCUUCGCGGUGAGGGAAGGAUGUGUCAUGAGAUUUAGAUUGUUUGACAUUUUUGACAUUGCUGCCUGUUUU